CCUGCACUGACGAUGUCACCUGGAUUGAUGAUGAAACGUUUGCAAUCCAACUGCCAGGCUCGGCGAACAGACCAACAAGCAAAAUCUGCAGGUGACAGAAAGCCGUUAUACAUCGAGUACGCAGACGGCAUAGCUCUUCUGGGAUCUGACUCCGUGGUAAUGCAAACAAUAUUAAAUAAUCUAAAUAAUUCUCCCUCGCGGUUUGGUAUGCGCUUCACACCUGCAAAGUGUAAGGUGCUACUGCAAGACUGGGAGGGCUCGAACCCUAGCCUCAUGCUUGCGGAUGAACCGAUUGAGGUAGUAGACAAAAUUGUUUCCCGGGGCAGCUGUAUCAGUCCCGGUGGUCUCACGAAAGAUGAUAUUUCUAUCCGGAUUGGGAAGGCCAGAGCAGCUUUUGCGAACCUACGUCACCUGUGGCGUAGGCGUGACAUCAGCUUCUCUGUCAAGGGUCGAGUUUACAAUGCUGCGUGUUUGACCAUCGAUGUCUUCGGAGCAUUGCCCGAAUCUGGUGGGAACACCGGAUCAGCAAUUCUGAAGUUUCCGACCACCGAUGCCUCAGAAGCGUCGUUGGAGUUGAAUGGCACCGACGGGAUGAUUAGAAAACGGCUGCGGUGGCUCGGUCAUGUGCUAUACAUGCCGAAACACCAUCUAUCGAGACGAGUGUUGUUCCCCGUGCCUCCUUCAGGACGGCGCAAUUCGCGAGGUGGACAGCGUAUGACUUGGCGAAAAGGCGCGGAAGAGAUCACGAAGAUUUUGGGUGUUGUUGUUGUUGUUGUACGCCUUCGAGGAUGGGGUCCCCACACAGUAACACCAUCCUCGGAGAAACGUCUAAUCAAACAACUCAUCAAUAAUUACGAGAAGGCCGGAAAGAUUGGUCGUCCCGUGAAAAACAACAAAGAGACGGUCGUGGUUGGUUUGGGCUUGUCGUUGUUUCAGCUUCUUCAUUUGAAUGAGAAAAACCAAAUUUUGACCAUCAACGUCUGGACAAAAUAUACUUGGAUCGAUCAGCUGCUACGCUGGGAUCCGGCAAAUUAUUCCAACAUCCGGGAAGUACGCAUUCCACCAAAGCUGAUAUGGACACCAGACAUUGUGUUGUACAAUUAUGUGGAUGAACGUAUGAAAGAACAGCGUGAUGUCAUGCUAAACGUGGACUAUUUGGGUCGUGUGUUUUGGAGUCCACCAGCAAUCUUUAAAUCUCGUUGCCCGAUCGAUAUCAGGAACUUUCCUUUCGAUUACCAGUUCUGCUUUCUGCGUUUCGGCUCAGCGACUCAGCACAGUGAUCAAAUGGAUUUGCAGUUUUUGGACAAUCGGACUGAGGUAGAUACUGGUGAAUACACGGAGAGCAACGAGUGGACCAUUAUUGCCAAACCGGCGCGUCGGUACCUCAUGCCAUCGAAAUGUGGGAAGACCAUACCUGUUUUGACCUUCUUCUUGUUCUUGAAACGUAAUCCUGCGUAUUACACGUACAUUUUGGUGUUUCCGUGUAUCCUGCUCAGUCUGAUCACGACGGUCAUCUUUUGGCUGCCACCCCAUAUCCCAGCAAAGAUGUUACUGAGUAUGAACAUUUUCGUGUCCUUCUUCCUCCUUCUGAAAAUUCUAGCAAUGUCCACCCCAUCAGCAUCUACAAUUGUGCCCUUCCUUGGCUACUUCUAUUGCUUGAAUAUGCUGCUUCUGAGCAUUUCAACGUUUCUAUCCACAAUCAUCAUCAAUCUUCACACGUAUUCGCACAAAAGAGGUCCAGUUCCUCCGUGGAUGGUGAAGGUUGUUCGCCUGUUCUCAACUCCACUCAGUAUAUCACGUCCAGAAGAGAAUGAUGAACCUAGUGAGAAGCUCUCAUCGUUACAAGCCAAACUGAAAAAGGCAAGACAGUUUGGUGGAAUCGCCAGUCCCCUGGGUGGACCGUAUGGUGGCUACCCGAUGUAUCCCAUGAAUGCCAUGCAAGCAGCUGAACAACAAGGCAGCUACCCACGUUUUAAACAGCUUGUGUAUAACCAAGGUUUGCCCCAGGACUACUGGAACAAGGAGACAAUGUACCAAGUGGACACCUAUCUUAGAGAACAAGCACAAGGAGCUCAGGGUAUGAAAUGGAGCCAACAGUCCACUCCGGAAAUGUUUUUAGACCAAAUGCAAGGCCGCACUCCAAACAAAAUGCAAGAACAACAGUCAAACGAUUCGGAUGCGUCUGAUCGAAAAAGACAACUAUGGCAACAGGCUGAUAAGUCUAGGAGAGCCACACUGCAGAUACACACAAGUCUAAGUCAUCUACGUGACGCAUUGAAAAACUUGAUGGAGAAGAUAUCAAAGAAGGAUGCAUUAGCCAAACGUGCCAGGGAUUGGCGUCUUGUGGUUAUGACUAUCGAUCGUCUCUUCUUCUGGUUCUAUCUGAUGGUAGUGAUCGGAGCGGGUUGCUAUCUACUGAUACCUCGUGGACAGUCACACACUGUGGAAGAGAUCAUAGCAAGUCAUGCAGAGUUGAACAGGGAGAAAAAUCUUCAACGAGCGUCAGAAUGUAUUCUAGAACAAAAUGAGCACUACCUGGUGUAGUUUUUUUUCGCCGCCGCGUGUCACCUUGCUUUUCCAACUUGUACCCUCUUAGAAGACUAAGUUUUUUUCUGUCUUUAAUUAUUGGCGAAUCGAAUUGGGAUUGAAAACACGGAGCAUACUGUCUAUUGUAGCAAUAUCAUGACGAACGUUCUCACUGUCAUCUUCAUACGAGAACGUAUGGCUAACAACAAUUGGCUAUAGUGUACCAAUUUGAAACGCCUCUUUUCAUCAGUUCUAUCUUCCGAUUUGAGUUUUUAUCCAACAACCGAUCGAUUUUUUGACGUACAGAUAACAGUGAGUAUUGUUCAUCGUUUUCAUUUUCAAGUCUGAUUGUGGAAUAACAAUUUCAUCAUUGAGU